AUGACCAACAAGCCUUGCAAUGCGGAUGAUGAAGAUAUUGUAGACGAGAUGGUUGGAGUUGGAAAGCCACUCACUCAGCCCACAUCAAUGUCGUACUGUCUCCAGCGGAUUCGACUGGGCGAGUUUUGCCGCGAAAUUACAGAUUGUGCUCCAUUCGGAAUGUCCGAUCCAGGAAGCCCGGACUAUGAGCACACGAAACAGAUUGAUGGCAAGAUUUGUGGAUUCGCUGAGAGUCUACCCUCGUUCUUUUCGUUGGCCCAUAGGUCGGACGAACUGCCAAAAUCCGAUCCUCGGAAAUCUCCCGGGAUAAUCAUACAACGGUACAUCAUCAAUUUUCUGCUUCAUACCCAAAGGUGCAGGCUUCACUUGCCUUACUUGUCGCGAGCAUCUAAGGAUGCUACAUAUGAUUAUUCACGGAAGGCAUGCCUAGAAGCAGCUCGAAUGGUGAUCCGAACCGAACGCCAACUCUCGGGAGAGACGAUCCCAUUUGUAUCGGCGCGAUUGAGACUUCCAGGCUUGCUACAUUGUGUUUGUGUGGCGAUCAUUGUUCUCCUCAUAGACUUUUGUGGGAGUGGUCAUCCGCAGGAAAAGAACUUAACGGAAAUUUUGGAAGCAUUUUCAAUCCUGGAAAAAGCUAGAGAAGAAUCCCCUCUUGCAGGAACGCUGCUUGAAACCUUCAAGACGGCCCUUCGCCGGCACAGUGCUUCGGUUUCAGCUGCUGAGGAAAAUACAUCCACCACUCAAGAUCCCGAGGCUUCGCCAGGACUUGCCUGUGGCUCUCUGGCAUCUACAAGCAUGGUAUAUCCGACAGGCAGUAACACCGGUGACUUUCUAAUGGAUCCCACAUUGCCUGCUCUAGAUGACCUCUGGCAGGUAUUUGAUGACAAUGUGGACCCAGGAACAGUGGACUGGAACCUCUUCUUUGCCGAGUCGGAUACUGCAUUUCUGUCUAUGUAG